CACAGUUGUGGUCAUCACAUGAAUGAAUAUGCAAAAUUGCGUGUGACUGAGAAAUUUCACUUGCUGCGCUUACUUCCCCCCUCUUGUAUUGAGAGUCCCAGAGUUGAGAAUAAAAUUUUUCGUGCACUAACUGUGCAUGUCAAAGAACACGUCCACGAUUGCGAGCUUCGUCUUGGUAACAGCUAUCUCAUAAUUGGCUACUACGAUUAUACGCGCGCUGGUCAAAUUUUUCAAGCAUGGAGCGUAAUCACGCAUUAGAGCACGAAAGUACCUUUGCGAUGAGCCUGAGGAAUAUUACAGAUAAUGAAUUAGACGCCCUAUUGCAUUUUGAUAGUCCACCACCGACAAUUCAAUUCUCCCAAAGCACUAAUCAGCAUAGAACAGAGCGCAAUGAGGGUACUGCAAAGGCGGAUCAAACACUCAGUACUUUGCAAUUCAAUCGGGAAGAGCUUCCAUCACAAAUGAGUUCACAAGGUGGGAAUGUAAAUUAUUUUCCCGAUGAUUUGGACUUCACUUUAAAUUUUACGCAACAAAGUUCAGAACAGUUUGAGCCGGUUGUGCUAAAUUCGAUGGAAGUUGAGACCGUUGAAAUUAAUAACUCCGAGAAACUCCUGAAUCCAGAAUUUGAACAGACAAACACUAAUAAUGCUGUUAGAAGAAAUGAACAUGCAACGAGUAAACCUGGUCAAUUUACAAAAGAAACUUCCUCUAGUAAUAAUUGUGAUGCAGUAGAUUCUAUCGAUGAGGUUAUCAAAAAGGAACUGUUUGAUCUGACGGCAAUUGACGCCUUUUCCGAUGAAGAUGAGUUAACGGUUUUCAAGGCUGUGAACUUGGACCUUUCUUCACAGAUGGAUCAUUCAUUAGCUGGUGACGCAAAUUUAGACCGCAUGUGUCAAACUCAAAUGAAUGCAACAAAGAAAGAAACUCAACUUGAUAAACAAAUCUGUACUUCAUGCCCAGUGGCAGUACGUUUAGAUCAUAUCCCAGCUUUACCAAGCACUAUUUCGGCUCUUAAACCAGACGAUGCAGUGGAUUACACACUUAAAAACGUUAAUAAAACUAAACCACCAAGAGCAAUGGUCAAUAGUAUAUCACCUCCAAAAAUGGUCAAUGCUAGUGGAUCUACAGACCCAACAGAUUACAGUUCAACCCGCGAUAUAGGUAUGGUGCCUGUUUCUGUGAAGCAAUUAUACGAUCUGGUACGGGCUCAAUACUCUGAUUUUGCAUUCGUUUACGCGCUAAGCGCACAGCUGUGUCAAGAGCGUGUGCCAAUGGAUUGUUUUGUUAAUCUGAAAAUGGGUUUACUACUUAGUUUGGCAUCCAUUAGUACAAAUCCCGAUCGUCCACCGAUACCUAUAAUUGCGUUCGGCAGUAAUACUUACAUAGCUAACUAUUUACUUACAAACAUUGCACAACUGGGCGUUCGGUUCGUUGGGCCUGCAGAUAUGGUAAAACCGCCAUCCUGUGGAAAGUACCGCAAUUGCAAAUGGAUUGUAGCAGAUCCAAUCCUGCUAGCAAAUGGAGGUGUAUACUUCGCUGGCGAUUGGUCACGUUUGAAGUUGGCGCGGGCCGAUCAGCUUUUCAGAGUCAUCGAGUGUUCACGAGUGCAUGUUGAUAAUUCGUCACAAAUAUAUCCUUUAGGCACCGCCAUAUGGACUCACUGGCACUCAUACAAAGGCAAUGCUAAAGAUCAACAGACAUUCAACAAAGCCAUUAAAAUCUUUGGUAUUCCUAUUUGCAUGGACGACGAUGAAAAGCAUGAAGUGCUCGUAGACUAUAUACUAGAGCAAUCGUCUGUGAAGAUCUUCGAAUCGACUGUGGAUCACUUGUCAAUCAGCAGCGAUGACAUGCGUUGCUUUUUAAAGGCAAUUUCAAAACGUUCCAUAGAUCUGACACCAGAAGCUUCGCAAUUACUACAGCAAUAUUUUGUAACUUCACGUUUCGCGCGCCCUGAAUGCCUGACCAAACAAUCCUAUGUCGUAUUGAAACAAUUUGCUGAGUCUUUUGCAAAACUCUGCUUUCGCCACGAAGUGUUGGUCUGCGAUGUCGUUGCAGCUGCUUUUAUGAGCGAACGGUUCAUUCGAAGUAUUUUCGGUGUGAAUGAAAACUCACCACCCGCAUUUGAAUCACAUAACUUUGUAGGUUCGGUGGAUGCGUACAUGCUGAAAUUUCAUGACUGGUUGAAUGACUACAUCAAAAAAUAUCAAGACAAAUAAUUUAGAAACACACUUUUUAUACAUUUUCUUAAAAACUUAUAUUUUAUUUUAAAAUCAUAUUAUAUUUAAGUUGUAAAGUUUAGAAAUGUGUGAGCUAUAUGAGCCACUUACAUAAAUAUAUGUACUAUAUAUAUUAAUAAAUAUACUUUGAUAUAGCUUUAAAAAUUUUGACUCUACCAAGUUAGUGAAAAAAUACUCGCGUCAAUACAAAAUGUGAAUUAUAAAACUAUAAUAUACCAUACCAUAAACGUGGUGUAUAUGAAAACUGAAUUCGAAAAUAAAAUUUCAUUCAAAAAGCACAAAAAUUAGAUACAUACUCUUUGCAAAUUAGUGGAAAGGCACUCCUCUUUAGAAACACAUUUGUAUUUGAUUAGUUUAAUAGGAUGUUCUCAGUACUUUACUCAAGUAUAUCGAAAACUCUGGAAUAGCUGCCGUUUCUUGAUUGUUUCCAAUUUGUUGUUGUUGUUUUUAAGUUUGAGCUAUAGUUUCACUUAUUUAACACUUACAAUUAGCUUAAACCUAUUUAAAACCUACGGUCAUAUACAUUUUUCAAUUAAUCGAUUAAUUGGUUAAUU